AGGUCACAGUCGCAGCUGCCACUGGGAACGCUCGCGCUCUGCUCUGUCUGCCAGACUGAAGAGUUACCGAGCAGACACGGGCUAGUUAGCUAAUCAGGUGCUAAGUCAGCUAACUUGCAGGCACCCCGCAGCAUUGUACCUUACUCCUGUAGGGCUGACGUUAUAAUGCUCGCAACGCAGACGCUAGCCGAAACAGAAAGGCUAGCAACAGCUGAAUGAAGUAGCAGGUCGUUGUCGUCCGGGUGGGGGUUGUUUUUAAUUAGCUGGGUUGAGCUAACGCGGAAGGAAUCACCAAAGAGUAAUCAAUGGUUAGCAUAACGUAACGGUUAUACUAGUCUGCUCGGUUUACAAGGGAUCUGCUCCUGAGUAAAGGAUGUCCAAACGCCUGCGAAACGCCGAACUCUGCGCUGACUGCAGUGUCCCAGAGCCUCGCUGGGCCUCGGUGAACAGGGGUGUGUUGAUUUGCGAUGAGUGCUGCAGCGUUCACCGGAGCCUGGGCAGACACAGCUCACAAGUCCGACACCUGAUGCACACGCCGUGGCCUCCCACGCAGCUACAGAUGGUUCAGACGUUAUACAGCAACGGAGCAAAUUCAAUAUGGGAGCACUCUCUUCUGGACCCUGCGUCUGUAAUGAGCGGAAAACGCAAGGCCAACCCUCAGGACAAACUGCACCCGAACAAAUCAGAGUUUAUAAAAGCCAAAUAUCAAAUGCUGGCGUUCGUCCAUCGCAUGCCUUGUCGGGAGGAUGACAGCUUGACGGCCAAGGAUCUAAGCAAGCAACUUCACUCAAGUGUGCGCACCGGGAACCUGGAGACUUGUUUGCGGUUGUUAUCCCUCGGAGCACAAGCUAAUUUCUUUCACCCUGAAAAAGGAAACACUCCUUUGCAUGUAGCUGCAAAGGCAGGACAAGUAUCUCAGGCUGAACUGUUAACUGUUUAUGGGGCCGAUCCUGGAGCGCCCGACAGCAAUGGCAAAACUCCCAUUGACUAUGCAAGAGAAGCAGGACACCAUGAGCUCGCAGACAGACUGGUGGAGGUUCAGUAUGAACUAACUGAUCGACUGGCGUUUUACCUGUGUGGGAGAAAACCAGAUCAUAAAAACGGGCAGCACUUCAUCGUUCCACAGAUGGCUGACAGCAGUUUAGAUUUGUCAGAACUCGCCAAGGCAGCGAAGAAGAAACUGCAGUCUCUCAGUAAUCAUUUAUUCGAGGAGCUUGCCAUGGACGUGUACGACGAGGUGGACAGACGAGAGACAGACGCAGUGUGGCUGGCUACGCAGAAUCACAGCACCCUGGUGACGGAGACGACUGUGGUGCCCUUCCUCCCUGUGAAUCCAGAGUAUUCAUCAACAAGAAACCAGGGACGACAGAAGCUUGCAAGAUUUAAUGCACACGAAUUUGCAACGCUUGUGAUUGACAUAUUAAGUGAUGCUAAGCGCAGACAACAAGGGAAUUCAGUAGCCAGUCCCAAAGACAAUGUGGAGUUCACGCUGAAGAAUAUGGCUGUCAGGCACUGCAGCGACAGCCAGGACAACGACCAGCCCGACUACGAUAGUGUGGCGUCCGAUGAGGAUACAGAUCAAGAGCUUCCCUCGAGUAAAGGAGAUCGGACCAAGAGCCUGGACUCUGACCUCUCAGACGGCCCCAUCACUAUGCAAGAAUACAUGGAGGUGAAGAACGCGCUCUCUGCCUCUGAAGCGAAGAUCCAGCACCUCAUGAAAGCCAACAGCAACCUGAGUGACGAGCUGAGGCUGAUGCAGAAAAAGCUGCAAUCUCUGCAAAGCGAGAACACCUCUCUCAGGCGGCAGGUCACAACCAAUAUCUAUCAGAUCCCCAGCGGUUCAGACUACCCUGACCCCUCCAGCCCCUCAGCCCUGAAACGCCGGCAGUCAGCGCGGGCCAGUCGGCCCAUGUCUAUGUAUGAGACCGGCUCAGGCCUGAAGCCCUAUCUCCCUAAAGGGGAAAAUCCCUACCCAGAGGAGGGUAUCCCCAACCUGCAACCCUUCCCACCUCAUACGGAGAGGGGCGCUUUUGUGACCACCUCUUCAUCCCUCCCCUCAUUUCCAUCCGCCCUGUCAUGGUCGAAGGACGAAGGUGCUCAAAAGGCCACAAAGUUAGAGAAGCAAAGCAGCAUGCCGGAAAGCGACUAUGACAAUACAUUCAAUGACUCUGAGAUGGAUGAUUCGGGUUUGAGCAGGAGAGGGAGGCUGAGGAGCAGCGGCUGGCUGGGGGAGGGCAGCUCCAUCCCUGAGCUGGAUGAUCUGGAGAUGGAGCCAGAUCCAACGCUGCCCAGCACCGAGGACGUCAUCCGCAAAACCGAGCAGAUCACCAAGAACAUCCAGGAGCUGCUGCGGGCUGCUCAGGAGAACAAACAUGACAGCUUCAUACCCUGCUCAGAAAGAAUACAUGUGGCUGUAACAGAAAUGGCCGCCCUCUUUCCUAAGAAGCCACGCUCGGAGACUGUGAGAGGAUCUCUGCGCUUGUUGACCUCCAGUGCGUUCCGGCUUCAGAGCGAGUGCAGGAAGGCGUUGCCUUCAGAAGGCUGCCCGGGACCGGACAUGCAGCUGGUCACCCAGCAGGUCAUCCAAUGUGCUUAUGACAUUGCCAAGGCAGCGAAGCAGCUUGUCACCAUCACCACAAAGGAGAAUACCAACUAACAGCACUUACAGGGCUGCAAAGCCGUCAGCAUCUCAGUCUUGUUCUUAUAUAUAUAUAUAUAUAUUUUUAAUGAUUUUGUUGGGUUUUGUAUUUGUGGUAUAGGCAUGCGUUGUUUUUUUUUUUUUAAUUUAUGGAUAAAUAUUGACUAUUUAAAGCCAACUGUGGACAAAAUCUGAGCAUUUAGGGAAAAAUCAGCAACUAUACUUAGGGAUACCCAGCUGUUAUGAUAGCACAAUUUCUCUUCAGAUAAAAUAAUAAAAGACAAAUCACGUUGCAGCAGCAAACAGGCAGGGAACUGUGAUGGUUUCUUAAAGGUGCUAUAUGUAAGAAUUAUGAUUAUAACAUCAUAAAUUUAAAGUUAUCAACAAAAUAUGAAGAUAUAACAGCGUCGAUGUCAUGUCAAAGACGUCUGUGUAUUGUGAUGCGGAGUCAUCUGGUGAAGUUAGCAUACUAACUGGCUAGCCGCUAGCCAUUUUGUACCUCAAGACUUUAUGGUCUGAUAGUAAAAAGCACCAACAAUCCCCUGGUGGCCUGGGUAGAGUUAGCUCACACAAUCUCAACGGCAGCUAGCUGUGUGGUAGCAGCAGUUAGCAGCUGGUUCGAGUUAUCCAGAGUAUGAAUCAGACAGAUGGCCAGUUCUUACAUAUCGCACCUUUUCACUUAUUCUAACAAUUAGAGUUAAACUGACUUAAAUCAUAUGAUAUUGUAAAUACCUUUUACUGAGAGAAACGAUUAAGCACAGUACAGUAAAUCCAAAUGAUUAUAUCGGUUAAUGUUAUCAGUCCAAAGACAGACAUGGAUGCUGAAAAGCCAUAAAUGAGCCAUGAAUCCACUGUCAUUGAAUAGCUGUUGCUAACACUCAUGUAGCUAACGGAGCUUCCUCUCAUUAAUUGCACUGUGCGAGCAUCGUCAUACUGUCAAGUUGAGUCUCCAAUAACAAACUGACCAUGUAGUUAACUUGCAUUAAAUGUCGGGGACUUCAUUUAUGCACACUAUGUAGCUCUGCAAUGCUAACGUUUGUCGCAAUCCAAAAAAAAGCUAUUUAUAUGGUUUGUGCCCUGUCUGAGUGUACUCCAGCCUGCAGUGCACUUAUAGCAGCUAUUUAUGCGUUUGCCCAUAUGUCAAGUCAGUGAAUGCAAAUAACACUUGGUCAGGGGCCAAGUUAUAUUCUUCACCAGCGCCAAGAUGUUGUUGUUAAAGAGGUAUUUGUGUCCAGCAGGCUCCACACUGUAUUGUAUUCUGCGGUCUUGUGUGCCAUUGCAGUGUUGGUAUGUUAUUCUCAGCUAACAGCCAUGUUGUCUGUAUGUCCACGUGUUCUGUUGCUGCCAGUUUUGUAUUCAGUGUGCAACAUCUGGGAUAGAACUACAGUCAGCUCCUGUAUAAUUGUGCAACCCUCCGUUCAUCCUCAUCCAGUGUUUCAGAGUUCACUGUCAUGUUGAAUUCUGGUCAAGGUGUUGUCCCUCUCUGUACCUGAAUGUAGUGCAGGGAUGUUUGUGAUGCAGCUGUGAAGUUGCACUUUGGGAAAAAAAUAAUUAUUUUCUAAAUAAACUUAAUUUAUAACUAUA